UCAACAAAGCGAAAUCACCCCAGGGAACAGCUCUCUGAUAAACAUCAUUUGUUAUCACCUCGAUAAGUCACAGGAAAACACCCAAAGUUUCUCAGUAAGAGUGUCACACCCCGGGGUCAUCAAGUACCCCAUCAAGUACCCCAUCAAGAUCCCCAACACAUCAAAAAAGUCUGAACCCCUCGUGAACGAUCAGAUGACAAAAAUCAUUGAAAAGACUAGUCUGUGAAGUGCAUCCAGAGGUGCAUUGUUGCAGUGUCCACUCCCGGGGCAUGACUCCAAAAAAAAAAUAAUAUCCGAACAAAUUCCCCUUCGAUCAGCAACACCGCCUUCCUCUUAACAACUGCAACACUGUAAAAUAGCCAACCAAGAAUGAAAACACUAAUCGUGUGUCAUGGCUGACUCACCAGCAACAACAGAACAGAAUCAGCAUCAACGAGAGUUGGACAGUGAUUUUGUGUUCAAUUGGGCAGGAGCAUUAUCUCAACCCAAAUAAUCUCAAUGGACAAACCACCAGGGACAAUGUCCCCAGGAUUUUAACGAUAUUAAAACUGAAUUGAUAUCCUGCGUUAGUGAGGAAUGAGACGAGCGGAACUGAGAGAUAAUAAAAGCGUCAGUGAAUCCUUGUUCUCUGUUCUGUUCUGUCCCUUUCUGUUCUGUUAUUUUCUGUUGAGUUGUGUGAGUGAGAGGAAGAAAAAAAAUAGAUAGGCUGUAGGAAGCUAAACACUGCGAGUUGAGACUGGAAGACUCACUGCAUGAAUAGUGAAAUAUAAUCAUUUCAUCAUCAUUUCAUCGUAAAUUAUUGUGGGACAAAGAAAAUAUUGAAACAUAACCCAAAUGUGGUGGUUGGGUUGAGACAUUUCAGGGGAUUUUUAUUGGUAUUUUAUUGGGACUUAGUGGACUUGAGUAAUUUAAGUGACUUGUGCUCAAAUUGUUGUUGGAUAUAAAGAGACAAUCAUGAACUCAUUGAGUGAGUUCUGCUCGUUAUUCUGCUGUCCACCCUGUCCGUCCAGGAUAGUUGCUAAAUUGGCAUUUGCACCACCUGAGCCAACAUACAGUUUUAUCGAAGAUGAGGGCUCAAAAUUUGCCAUAUCUUUAUCGAAACGUGCCGAGUGGCAUUACACAGAGAGGGAGAAGGAGUCUGUUGAGGGUUUUUAUGCACGUACAUCACGUGGAAAUAGAAUAGCUUGUCUAUUUGUGAGAUGCUCGGCAACAGCGAGAUUUACCAUUUUAUUUUCCCAUGGCAAUGCUGUUGAUCUGGGACAGAUGUCGAGCUUUUAUUUGGGUCUUGGAUCCAGGAUAAAUUGUAACAUAUUUAGUUAUGAUUAUUCUGGGUAUGGGGUGAGUGGUGGAAAACCAUCUGAGAAGAAUCUUUAUGCUGACAUUGAUGCUGCCUGGCAUGCGCUCAGGACACGCUAUGGAAUCAGUCCUGAGAAUAUUAUACUUUAUGGCCAGAGUAUUGGAACUGUGCCUACUGUUGAUCUUGCUGCUAGAUAUGAAGUUGGAGCUGUUAUUCUGCAUUCACCUCUCAUGUCUGGGAUGAGGGUCGCUUUUCCUAAUACCAAGAGAACUUGGUUCUUUGAUGCAUUUUUGAGUAUAGACAAGGUGCCGAAGGUAAUGUCGCCAGUACUGGUGAUUCACGGUACAGAAGACGACGUAAUCAACAUCAGUCAUGGGCUGGCAAUCUACGAGAGAUGUCCCAGGCCGGUGGAGCCUCUGUGGGUUGAGGGCGCUGGUCACAACGACGUGGAGCUCUACAAUCAGUAUCUGGAGCGACUGAAACACUUCGUAAGCGUUGAAUUAGUAAACUGACGUAGAUUGAGCCUCCCAGACAAGGAGGGAGGACAGGGUGAAGGUGAGGAUGAUUUUGAUAAUAAAGAUAACGACUCAAUAUCAAACUACAUAAACACAAUAAGUCGUGC